AUGAUGAUCUGUACUUAUAACGCACGUACCCUUGCAUUGGAUGCGGCCAUCGAAGAUCUGAUGAUCCAAGCCAAGAAGAUUAAGUACGAGGUCAUCGGACUGACCGAGACGAGACGACGUCACCCUCUCAACGGCGUAUAUGAAACGAGUAUGGCAAAGAACAUAGACUCUUUCGAACAACUUACGACCCGAAUCAGACGUCUGCGGAUGAGAAGAUGUGGUCCAACCCUAGUUUCGACUAUCUUCGCCGCUUAUGCUCUAACAUCAAGCUACGAGGAAGAAGAAGUCGAAGCUUUCUAUAUAGACCUGGAGAAGUUUUACAGAGAUCAUACCUUCUACAAGGUCAUAAUUGGCGAUUUCAACGGCAAAGUUGGCCAAAGAAUAACGUUUGAGGAACUUCAUAUCGUGACCCAUGGCUUACAAUGGAAUGAACAGGAGAGAGGCCCUCCGAAUUCAUUAUGA